AGCCUGCGCACUGUUGUCCCGGCAUUUCCGGCUUCCCCGCGUCCCGACAGUGGCCGGUCGGGGAUGGGGACCGGUGAUUAGCGCUGUCGCGUCUCCCCGCUCCGGCAACAGCUCUGCUCUUCCCCCGGCUGCGGGCGGGCGGGCGGGCGGGCGGGCGGGCGGGCGUCUCCCGCCUCUCCUGCACCCGCCGUGCCUUAGGGCCGGGGCAAGGCCCGAGCCCAGCGCAGCCGCCAUGCCGGCAGCGGCCGCCGCCGCUCCCAUCAUCAGCUCAGUGCAGAAGCUGGUGCUGUACGAGACCAGGGCUCGGUAUUUUCUCGUUGGAAGUAAUCCUGCAGAAACCAAAUACCGUGUUUUGAAAAUAGAUCGCACUGAACCAAAGGAUUUGGUUAUAAUUGAUGAUAAGCAUGUGUAUACACAACAAGAGGUGAGGGAGCUUCUUGGCCGUUUAGACCUGGGAAACAGAACUAAGAUUGGGCAGAAAGGCUCUUCUGGAUUAUCUCGAGCAGUCUCUGCUUUUGGUGUAGUAGGUUUUGUCAGGUUUCUGGAAGGCUACUAUAUAGUGUUAAUAACAAAAAGAAGAAAAAUGGCAGAUAUUGGAGGUCAUGCAAUAUAUAAAAUAGAAGAUACAAAUAUGAUCUACAUUCCAAAUGACUCUGUAAGAAUCACUCAUCCUGAUGAAGCCAGGUAUCUGAGAAUCUUUCAAAAUGUGGACCUUUCUAGCAACUUCUAUUUUAGUUACAGCUAUGAUCUGUCUCACUCCCUUCAGUAUAAUCUUACUGUCCUGAGAAUGCCACUUGAGACAUUAAAAACUGAAACAUCUCAGACCCGACAAGAGAGUUUUGAUAUAUUUGAAGAUGAAGGACUUUCAAUCCAGGGUGGAAGUGGUGUAUUUGGGAUUUGCAGCAAGCCUUAUGAAAAGUAUGUGUGGAAUGGCAAGCUUCUGGAGGCAGUAAAAAAUACUGUUCAUCGUGACUGGCUGCUGUAUAUCAUUCAUGGAUUCUGUGGGCAAUCAAAACUGUUAAUAUAUGGUCGCCCUAUAUAUGUCACUCUGAUAGCCAGAAGAUCAAGUAAAUUUGCUGGGACACGUUUUCUGAAACGAGGAGCAAACUGUGAGGGAGAUGUUGCUAACGAAGUGGAAACUGAACAAAUCCUUUAUGAUGCUUCAGUUAUGUCAUUCUCUGCGGGAAGUUAUUCUUCCUAUGUUCAAGUUCGAGGAUCUGUCCCUCUGUACUGGUCUCAGGAUAUUUCAACUAUGAUGCCAAAGCCACCCAUAACAUUGGACCAAGCAGAUCCUUUUGCACAUGUUGCUGCUCUUCAUUUUGACCAAAUGCUUCAGAGAUUUGGCUCCCCCAUUAUUAUUUUGAAUCUUGUGAAGGAACGUGAAAAAAGGAAGCAUGAAAGGAUUCUUAGUGAAGAACUUGUUGCUGCUGUGACAUAUCUCAACCAGUUUUUACCCCCAGAGCAUGCAAUUAUAUACAUACCCUGGGAUAUGGCCAAAUACACUAAAAGCAAACUUUGCAAUGUCCUUGAUAGGCUGAAUGUGAUUGCAGAAAGUGUAGUAAAGAAGACUGGAUUUUUUGUAAAUCGACCUGAUUCCUACUGCAGUAUCUUGCGGCCAGAUGAAAAGUGGAAUGAACUGGGAGGUUGUGUUGUUUCCACUGGUCGUUUGCAGACAGGAGUUCUCCGAACCAACUGUGUGGACUGCUUGGAUCGCACCAACACAGCCCAGUUUAUGGUGGGAAAAUGUGCUUUGGCAUAUCAGCUCUAUUCACUGGGACUGAUUGAUAAACCUAAUUUACAGUUUGAUACUGAUGCUGUUAGAUUAUUUGAAGAAUUAUAUGAAGAUCAUGGAGACACACUUUCUCUGCAAUAUGGAGGUUCUCAGCUUGUCCACAGAGUGAAAACCUAUAGAAAAAUAGCUCCAUGGACUCAGCAUUCCAAAGAUAUUAUGCAGACACUCUCAAGAUACUAUAGUAAUGCUUUCUCAGAUGCAGACAGACAAGAUUCCAUCAAUCUAUUUCUCGGAGUAUUCAAGCCUACAGAAGGAAAACCUCAUCUCUGGGAACUUCCCACUGAUUUUUAUUUGCAUCAUAAGAACACCCUCAGUCUGUCACAGACCAGGCGAAGCUAUACUUACUGGUGGACUGCAGGUGUGCUAAAGCAUUUACCUCUUCCUUUUGAUGAAGUGACAUGUGCUGAAAACAGGCACAAGUUGACAGUAAAGAAAUUCCACAAGUAUGAAGAGGAAAUUGACAUCCACAAUGAGUUUUUUCGGCCAUAUGAGUUGAGCAGUUUUGAUGAGACCUUCUGCUUGGCAAUGACCAAUUCUACUCGAGAUUUUAUGCCUAAGAAUGUGGGGAUAGACCCAAGUCCCUUUACUGUUCGUAAACCAGAUGAAACUGGAAAAUCAGUGUUGGGGAACAAAAGUAAUAGAGAGGAAACUGUGCUGCAGCGCAAAACAGCUGCCAGUGCUCCACCACCCCCGAGUGAAGAAGCAGUCUCAAGUAGUUCUGAAGAUGAUUCUGGGACAGACAAAGAAGAUGAAGGUGCUGUUUCUCAACGUUCAACUCCAGUAAAAGUGACUGAUACGGGAGAUAAUACAAAAAUCACAGAGAAUGUAGUGCAAUCAACAAAAGAUGUGUAUGGAGUCAAUCUUUCAGAUGUUCCUUCUGAAGAUGAUCUCUCAAUUUACACAAGGUUUGUUGAGCUGGGACAGAGUCAGCAUAAACAAGACAAAAGCAGCCAGCAAUAUUGCUCAAAACUCCACUUGGAUAGGGUUAUAAAUUUAGUACCCAUCUCCUCCUUCUCUCAAGACAAUAUUUAUGAAGUCCAACCUCCAAGAGUUGACAGGAAAUCAGUAGAGAUUUUUCACGCCCACAUUCAGGCUGGAAGAGGAAACAUGCAGCCCCCAGGAAAAGAUGACUUCCUCAUGUACAGAGAGUAUAUUCGAAACAGAUACAUGUAAAUCCAAGCUGGAUUCUCCUGACAAAUCUACUGUACUGAUAGGUCAUAAAAAUAAUUUUUUAAAGGAAACCUAGUUUUGUUAUCUUGCAGCAAUAAAUUUGUUAUGAAACGUUCCUAUUUAUUAUUCUUUAAUAUUACCCAUUUGCGGUAUUGUGCUCUAGAGGAAAGAAGUUAUUUAAUAUCUGCUCUUUAGCUGGAAGAGGAAGUGUAUCUGAGGAGAGUAACUAAAUAAUCAGAGCAGCUGUAGUCACUAAAGAGUUGCAAUUUUUGACAAAAUAUUGCAUCUUUAGGUUUUUAUGUCAACUUCUUACAUUGUUUUGUUUGCUAGUGAAGCUGAAGUGAUUUGUACAUAAAAAUCAGCACAGAAUAGUUUUCUUCCUUCUUGUUCCAUGACAGCAAACAAUCUU